GCUUUGUCCUUUUUAUUGAUGAGUGGCAGUCCAUGGGACAGAUGUUCCAGUUUGUUUAACCAUUCACCCAUCGAAGGACAUCUGGAUUGUUCCUAGGUUUUGAUUAUUGUGAAUAAUGCUGCUAUGAACAUUAGUGUAUGGGUUUUGUGAGAAUAUAAAUUGUUACUUCUCUGUGACAAAUGCCCAAAAGCAUAGUUGCUGGGUCAUAUGCUAAGCACAUUCUGGUGUGUGAGAAACUGUUCUCUUUUCCAGAGUGGCUAUUCCGUUUCACAUUCCCACCAGUAUUAUAUGAAUGAUCCAGUUUCUCUUCAUCCUCACCAGUUUUUGGUGUAAUCAGAGUCAAUCUGAUAGAUGGACUGCUCUUUUUCUUGCUGGAGGGGUUCCAAGAUGUGUAAAAGACUAUGGGCUUCCAUUUUAUGACUCCGUUCACACUAGGUGUUUCUAGAACACUUGGAAAGGAUCGGAAACCGGGCAGAGCUGAAGAACAGAAGGUGACUUAGGAAACGGCGGGGAUCUUCACUCCCUGGGGCCCUAGGGCAAGAAGAAGGGCGAGCGGCCAGCAGAGAACGAGUGCUUCAGAGAAACAGGAUGGCAGUGCUGUGGAAAACCAAGCCAGGAGGUCUUCAGAAACGAGGAGAGGUGCAGCCGUCUGAUGUGGUCAUGAACCCCAAACAGGUCUUCUUCUCAGUGCUGAUAUUUGGGGCAGCAGGGCUGCUCCUCUUCAUGUAUUUGCAAGUCUGGAUUGAAGAACAACACACAGGAUGGGGGCCUAUAAAUUACUUGCAGCCUAUACCCAGAAUCAUGACUAGAGAAACAAUCCAGGAACGUAUCACCAACCAGAACCUCAAAUCCCACGUGCCUAAGGAUCCCAAGGAUAAAAAGGAAAAUCUACUCAACUCCCAGAGGCCUCCUAGGGUCUUAACAGACACCAGUCACUCGCAAGGAGAGGCUCAAGCUUUGGGUAGGACCACAGGGUCCCCGAGAAUUCAGUUGAUUGAAAAACACCUGGAGACUAAGACUUUUUUCAGGAAGUUCAGCGAAAUGAAUUGGCCGAUGGACCCUCGCCCUUUAAACAAAAGCUUAGUCAAAGAUAGCAAAUGGAAAGGAAUUGAUGCUACUCAAGAAAAACGCAGGUCUUUCCUUCAGGAAUUUUGCAAGAAAUAUGGUGGAGUGAGUCGCCCGCAGUCCCAUCUUUUUCACAUGGUAUCCAGGAUCUAUGUAGAAGAUAAACACAAAAUCUUAUACUGUGAAGUACCAAAGGCCGGUUGUUCCAACUGGAAGAGAAUUCUGAUGGUACUCAAUGGAUUGGCUCCCUCUGCGCACAACAUUUCCCAUGAUGCUGUUCACUAUGGGAAGCAUUUGAAAAAGCUCGAUAGCUUUGACUUAAAAGGGAUUUAUACUCGCUUAAAUACCUACACCAAAGCUGUGUUUGUUCGUGACCCCAUGGAAAGAUUAGUGUCAGCAUUUAGGGACAAAUUUGAACACCCUAAUAGUUACUACCACCCAGUAUUUGGGAAGGCAAUUAUAAAGAAAUACCGGGCAAAUGCCUGUGAGGAAGCAUUAAAUAAUGGCUCUGGAGUCAAAUUCAAAGAGUUCAUCCACUAUUUGCUAGAUUCCCACCGCCCGGUAGGAAUGGAUAUUCACUGGGAAAAAGUCAACAAACUCUGCUAUCCGUGUUUGAUCAACUAUGAUUUUGUAGGGAAAUUUGAAACUUUGGAGGAUGAUGCUAAUUACUUUUUGCAGCUGAUUGGAGCUCCAAAGGAGCUGAAAUUUCCCAACUUUAAGGACAGGCACUCUUCUGAUAAAAGAACCAAUGCUCAGGUGGUGAGACAGUAUUUAAAGGAUCUGACUAGGACUGAGAGACAAUUAACCUAUGACUUUUAUUACUUGGACUAUUUGAUGUUUAAUUAUACCACUCCAUUUUUGUAGUUUGCCCUCAAUUUCUAGAACCCUGUCUUUACUUCAUCAUGAUGGCCUCAAAUCAGUUAGAUGUGAUUUUCCUAUAAUUCUCUGUAUGAGAGAAAUUUAACUAAGUGCAGUUGUCUUGAUUUACUGAAGAUUUUUACCAAACCUUAUGAAGCCAAUUGGCACAAAGUUAUAGGAAAAUUACCUAACAGAGACACGUAAACAACUUCAGUUGCAGUUGCUCUAAAAUAUUUGGAAAAGAGCUGCUUUUGCAUUAUGGAUUAUAUUAUAGAAGCAAUAACCUAGCCAGCUGCUACAUUAGCUACAACUGCCUCUUGGAGGGGGAGGUAGUGGGAAAAUAGCAUGAGUGUAUGGAAUUUGUUGUCUAAAGUACGUGGAGAUGUUUGGAGCAGUCUGAGGCAUAUGAAUCAAACAUUAGAUAGUUUUCUGACACCUUGGAAGUCCUUCUCUCAUCUGUAAUGAUAAAUCAAUUUGGAAGUGGUAUUUUGGACCUGGGUAUUUUACUUUCGAUUGGAAGGCGUUGUGUGAUUUACAGUAUGAGCAUGUAGCAGAGAAACCAGAUGAGGCAAUGGCUUUUUAUAUUCAACAGCCAAUAAAAAAUGCACAACAUGCUAAGAUCAAAGCAACAAAAGCAACCUUCCUCUUCCAGAAGAACUUAAGGGAAUUGAUUCUGUUUUCUUUUGAGCCCUCUUUGCAGAGACAAAAUGAACGUAACCACGAAAGGUCUUCACUUCUGAAGCAGGCAGUUGAGACGUUUAAGACUCAUCAGGCAUAAAUGUGCUCCUAAUUCUGGUUUAAUUGGGCAGGGGGGGCAUUGUUUCAGGAUGGAAUAAUCAUCAAAAACAAAAGUUGCCACUCCGAAUAUAGACCUCAACAAUAACAAAGUUUUAUAAGAAUAUUAUUUGAAUCAAAGCAUCAUGUGCAUAGCUUUAUAUGUGCAAUGUACUCUAGGAUUGGCUUUUGUUUUCAGUCUAAUUAUUCAGCUUGGGAAUGACUUUUUAAAAACUAAUAUACCACUUCAAAGAUAGAUUAUGUUCCAGAGAAUAAACACAGAAAGAGCCCCUAGAAACGCUUUUUAAUAGGCUUAUGCGUACACAAAUUAAGGUAUUUUCUUUUCAAGUUUAAAUAUUCUGUAUAGAGUCCAAUGCUAUUGUAUUCAAAUGUUAAAUCAAAGUCUUCAGAAAAUUGGACCAUGUGUCACCCCUCUGAAAAUCUGUCAUGCAUUCUGGAAAUUUUUUCCAGGGGACCCUUGAUUUGAAGACACGUUUGGGUGGGGAAUUUAUUUUAAUUGGUCAACGGUGACUCUUGAGUUAAGCAACCCACACAUUCAAACCCUAUUUAAAUGCAUUUCUUGACUACGUUCCUCUUCUCCGGCUAUCAUUUUUUUGUGUGUGCAGUAAGUAUUCAGUUAUGUCUCUCAAAGAAAAGUAGGUGUUAAUAUUUGAAUAUUAAUAGACCAAGAUAGUUACAGUUGUACUUAUUUCAUUUUGAUUUUCCAUUUCAUGGCUGAGUAUUCAUGAAUUGCCUCACUCUUUACACAUGCCUGCCCCACCCCAUCUGUCUCCCAAGGAGUGGGGAACUGCAGCGGGCCCCCGGAUCAUAAGUAUUAAACCUUCUAAAACCAAACUUUUACUACUUUUCCACUCCAUUUACCCUUGCCUCUAAACCAUACGCUUAAGCUGUGCUCUCUGUUUCUAAGGAGUUUCACUCUAGCAUAAUCUAAAUUGUAUAAUUUAAAUUUUGCUAUACCAUGUAGAGCAGAUUCCUAGUAACUUAGACACCUUGAACUUACUUUUUCACAGAGAAAGGGAAAGAAAGAAUAGAGAAUAUGCCAUGAAGCAUGACAUUUUAUUCCUAAACUACACAAAACAACUUUUAGAUGGGAUCUGCUAUAAAGGAAAGAGGCCAUUUUCUCAAAGUUAUUCCUAAAACCUUAUGAGGAACAAACUGAAAACUUUCUUUUCAUAACUUUGGAAAGAAAAAAAAAAUGGAAACAAGGAUCUUAUCUCCAUUAACAUUGAGAGAAUGGAAUAUAUGUGUGUGUGUGUGUGUGUGUGUGUGUGUAUAAAAAGCCAAUCAUAUAUAUAACCGACCAUAUGUAUAGAUAUACACAGGUAUAUAUAGUUGUUUGGCAUUCAUGUCUGAGAAAAGGGGUGAGAGGAGGAAAAUGAUACCCAAUGCUCUCUAUCAAAGCUGUUCUACACCUUAUCCUGCAAAAGCUCAUUCCUGACCCAUUGCGCAGAGACUAUGUAACAGAGGGAGCUCUUCAGUCUUUCUCUUCCCCAGUGGACUCUCUGAUGCCAACUGGCAUCCCGUGUCUGUAUGUGUUUUUAUGAAGGAAAAACAUUUUUUUCAUAUACUUGCUCUUCCUUUUAAAUGACGUCUGUUCAUCUUAGGCCCAAAGAAGCCACCAUCAUCCUGGAUUCCUUGGGAUUUUAAAUACAUUUCCCAUUUGUUGUCCUGAAUUACUCCAUUUUGCAGACCAGUUCCCAUUCACCUUUGUCAUUUGUGCUUAUGUAUAAAGGACAAGUGUGGACCUCACUUGUCCAUUGGACAGUCACCAUUUCUUGGAUUUAGUUUCCAAAUCUACACUCAUCUUCCAGAUGUCCAGUGUUCCCAUUUUUAACAUUAGCAUGCUUUAGGUAUAAUUAUCAAGUCCUCUAAUUAAACCCUAAGGAUCCUAUUUAUUUUUAUAGGCAGCAGUAACAGCCUGGGCAGACCCCUUCAUUCUGUUAUUCUUCUGUCUGAAAUUAUUCUUAGGGUAACAAGUUGGCAAUUAAACCCCAAACCACAGUUAUUUAACCUGCUAAACUACUUAUGAGUGUAUAUUGUAAAUAUGAUUGUGCCCAGAAACUGCCAUGAACUUCAGUGGAGACUUAGGCACAGGACACCCAACUUUCUAAUUUUCUCGAAUGUGUUUGGAAAUAUCUAUUAAGUCCAUGGGAAUGUGGGACUGCUUGCUAAAUUCUCUAACUUCACAGUCUAUAAAGUAUUAUCUAGCAAUUCAAGAACUUCUUGAAUGCCAUUUAUAAUUACAAAGAGGAAGAAAAACUGUUACAUUUUUUUCAGGAAUAAUUAUUCUUCAAAAAGGUGUUACCUACUAAACACUGUAUGUUACUGUUUAGCUGAAGGGGAUGUAUAAGUUAAUGCAGAGAAUUUGGGAUAUUAGAGUUCUCCUUGAGAAGAUCACUGGCUGAAUUAGUAGAAGUUGGAAUUACUAAGCUGGGGCUGCAAUAAACAUCUCCCUGAUCUGAAUUCUCAUUUGGCCCCUUGGGUUAUCUUUAAAAGUCUAGGCUUUCACUGAAAUUUAGAGGAGCAGAAACUUUGUUCAUAAUUAACAUCCCCAAUGUGCUCUGAUAUUUGAAGAAUGGUGGGCCAAAGCGUUUAAUAGCAGCUCAACCACCUGAGGACCUUAGACCAUAGUUUAGUUACCUUUAGAGUCAUACCAUCUCUGUCCCAAUCAUAACCACUUUAAUAAUAUUCAUAAUCAAAGCUAAUAGUUGUUCAAUAUUUAAGUGCCUUUCAUGCAUUAAUUUAUUUAUUCUCCAUAAAUCAAUCUAGAUUAGAUGUUAUUAUAGGCCCCCCAUGUAUAAUAAAGGGUGUGGCUGAAUAACUUGCCUAAGGAGACAUCGUUGGUAAUUAGGUACGGAUACAGGAUAAACUCAAGCCACAAAUACAACUACCAAACACUCUUCUUAGAAUACUAUAAAUUAACUACUUCUUCUGCUUUCUCUUACCUAUAUUCAGAACAGCCAAAGGCAAGAAAUAGAUACUGGCAUCUGGAAACUUUUUUGACAUUUCAAAUCAGUUUAUCCCUUGAUUCUUGCUGAGUUAAGCUGACAGAUUCAAAUAUUUUAUUAAAAAUUAGGCUUCCUCUCCCUCCUCCUUUUUUUAUCCUAGUUGGUCAUGAGAUGCAACAUUUAUAAAAAAGGGGGGGAGUCUUUUAAACAAAUUGAGCCUAAAAAAACCAAAAUAUCAUCUUGAUAAGAAAGUCCAGAUGGAUAUGGGCAAGGUCAAGGGGAAUAGAGUCCAAGAGGAAGCAAAUUCAGCCAAUUUUCCGCAUAUUGGCACCUGAUGGCCAUUGAGGAUGGUCAUGGCUCAGCAAGUCAGCUGAAGUGAAAACUCCAUAACCACUGUUAGAAACUAAGCAAUUGUGUAUGUCUUUUUCCUGAGUUCCCAUCCCCAGUACUAUUUUGGUAUUUAGAUAACCCUAAACUAACGCAGGAAGAAAGUAGAAAAGAAUAGAGGAGGAGAUUAACUAAAGCCAACUGAAACUACCAUGGAAAAAGUUGACUUAAGUGCUCAGCUAGAGGAAGGCAGACUUUUCCUAGACCUGCAGGGCAUUCUACCUGAGAAAGGCCAACUCUGAGCUCAACAGAGGGGCAUUUCCUCACUCCAUUUAAUUCCCAGGAUUGACUGUUCACGCUCAUCUUAGUUCUUCACCAGGACCUUUUUCUUCCAGAUGAUUAUCUUCAAAUCCAUUUAAGCAAUCAUUUUUUUUUCUCAUCACUAAGCCUCUGCUCAAGUCUCGCCUUGAAAUACUUUCUCUCUGGACAUUCAUUUCAUGUUAACUCACCAAGGAAUCUUUUUAGAUUAUUUAAUUUUCAAGCCUUAUCUCUUCAUGAGCUCUUUUAUCAAUGGCGAAAGGCAAAAUGAUCUGAUAUGACAUGCAUCAGAUUCUUCUUCUCUUGCCAAUGAAUGCAAGCUUUACUUCCCUUACUUUUUGUUUUUUUGCUUCAUUAAUUUAUUUGUUCAUUUGCUAUAUCCCUCUCCAUAGGCAUAUUAAAUCUUGGUUGUCACUGGAAUGUGUCUUAGGUCUUCUGAAAAUGUGUCUAAUUCAGUUUGCACAGUUUCUAGCAAAGCACUGGAUGGAAAGAGUUUCUUUAGUAACUGUUUUCAUGAUGUUGUGUAAAGAUCCCCCUACCACUUCUCUUAGUGUAUAAUGUGUAUAUUUCUGCCUUAUGGCCUUCAGGUAUCUAUAGGAUCAGUGGAUUUAAAGAGAAGGCUCCAGGGAGUUCCCCCAUCGUGGUUCAACAGAAAUGAUUCUGACUAGCAUCUAUGAGGAUGCAAGUUCAAUUCCUGGCCUCGCUCAGUGGGUUAAGGAUCCGGCAUUGCCAUGAGCUGUGGUGUAGGUUGCAGACAUGGCUUGGAUCUGACAUGGCUGCUGUGGGUGGGUAUGGCUGGCAGCUACAGCUCCGAUUUGACCCCUAGCCUUGGAACCUCCAUAUGCGGCCCUAAAAAGACAAAACAAAACAAACCCCAGCUCUACCUUCUAGGGGAAGUGCUUCCAAAGGAAAAGCAAUUUCUUUUCUUCUUCUUCUUUUUUUUGCUUUUUAGGGCCACACCCACAGCAUAUGGAUGUUCCCAGUCUAGCAGUCUAAUCGGAGUAACAGCUGCCGGCCUACACCACAGACAGCAACUCCAGAUCCGAGCUGCAUCUGUGACCUACACCAUAGCUCAUGGCAAUGCGGGAUCUUUAACCCACUGCACGAGGCCAGGGAUUGAACCCGAAACCUCAUGGUUCCUAGUCGGAUUUGUUUCCGCUGCACCAAGAAGGAACUCCAGGAAAAGCAGUUUCCGAUCAUUUUUUGGUCAGUAUUUGUGUUGUGCAACCACUGAGGUCAUCACAUUCUGGGUUUUCUUAUUCUCACUUGAAAUGCUACCUGUCCUUCAGUCUUCUACCCAGUGGAUUAGCCCAACAGUAUUCACUGUUUGAAGAAAUCUCUUUUGACCAGCAACAAAGACGUUGGUAGCAAUCCAGUACCUUUCUUUGGCAUCCUUCUGUCUUGGCCACUGGGUCUCCUAGCAACAACAUUCCUUCCCAACCCCUUCAGCAGAGGCAAGUCAUUCUCCUGGGGCCCUGGGAACCUCAACAUCUAUGGAGGACUGGUUCCCACUGAUGCUGUUACCCCAUAACCUUCCUUCAAAAAGCCUUCCUGUCCUGAAGGUGUAUCCACUCUUUCUCUACUCUGAAAAACCUUUUUCCCAGAAAUCUGGCGUAUAACACUCCCUGCCACCCCAUUCGUGCAAUUAUCCUGGCCAACUUUAGCAUUCCCAAUGACAUUCCACUGCCUUUGCUUCUCAGUGCUCUAGCCUCUCUUUCUCCCACUUCAACCCUUGGAGAGCUGGGGAAAACAGAAAUACAGCCAUGGGAAGUGGUAGCUAUGACUCUUGUCUCCAAAGACAGAAAAAAAAAAAAAAAAAAAAAAAACACAUAGUAACCUAU